CAUUGGACACAGUAAACAUGGUCAUCUUGAAAAAGACAGUCUUAUUACAUGUGGCAUCAUUACUCAUACAUAGUGGAAAUCCUAAUUGUUACAGAGGUGAAAGAACGUGUUGUAUUGGAUACUACUGGAAUGAAAAGGAACACUCUUGCAAAGAAUGUGAGCUUGGUCAUUUUGGUCAAAACUGUUCAAAACUUUGUCGAUACCCUAGUUAUGGUAAGGGGUGUCAGAAUAUGUGCACCUGUCCUGAAACAUUAUGUGUUCCAGCGAUUGGUUGUGUUGAAAUAGACGAUUGUGCUGUGGGUUAUUUCGGGCUUAACUGUGUAAAACAUUGUCGAUAUCCUAAUUAUGGGAAAGGAUGUCAGAAAAAAUGUGCCUGUUUAGAGGCGUUUUGUGUCCCAACAAUUGGCUGUGUUGAUGCAAACAAAGAGAAUGAAAGCUCCAUGAAAAACAAGACCGCAACUUUUGAGAUUACGACUCACAGAAGCGAAAAAGAGGACGAUGUUUUCUCCACUUCUCAAAAUAAAAAAAACAAUAUAACCAAUAUGACUAUCUCCAUUGCAGUUAUAGGUGUUCUUGUCCUAAUGCUUAUUGUAAUAGCACUUAUAAAAGUUUUUAGAAAGAAAAAGCGAGAAGUGGAUAAAACACUCCAGCUACAAAUGAGUGCUGCCCCAGUUUCUCUCAACAACAGAAAUACAUCCCGUCUAAGUGAAUCAAACACAUACGAUAUUAUUCCUGAAAAUGGACAGACACGAGAUAGACCUUGUUUAAAUGUCAAUCCGCUUUCUGAUUUUCCUGACGAUACACAGAAAAAGAAAUACACAGCGAGUGCUUCUAAUGCUGGAAACAUUUACCUGGACACUUGUCAGUCAUCGUCAUCAAGAGAAUCAAAUCAUUUUUAUUCGCCUCUGUAA